UAUUUGAAGAAAGCAAAGUUGGGGAAUCAAGUGGAUGGUUCAAGCAUAGAAGAAGCACCAGCCAAGAGAGUCACGGUACCACAUGCAUUGGAGUAUGUACACGUACAACAAGCAGGGAACGUCUCGCUUUUAAAUACGACUUUUCAAAAACAAGAGUCAAACCUGCAGAAGACAUUGGUGACUUCACUCGAGUUUUGUAUUAACACAGAACCGGACAAGUGAACACAUCUCACAGUGACUGGUUUACAUAUUGUCAUACAUGGGAACAACUUGGACUCAACUGACAUAAAGACUACAACUUAACAACAUUAAGUUAUAUAACUUUACCUAGGAUUAAAGCAGUGCAACUUUUGGAGAUAACGGAUACACGAGACAUUCAGAAUGUCGACUUAUCCGCAAUUUGGUUAUAGCUAUCCUUCCGCAGCUUCAGCCCUAACUGCCGCUUCUUCUCAGUUAUUGAUGCCAACCGUGAGUACUUUGAGCACAACAGUUUCUGGAUCUACCCUCAGCUCAUCAUCAGCCCCUACCACAUCAUGUUGCGAAUCGGGGCGUCCAAUAAUGACCGACCCCCACACCGGACAGACAAUUUGCUCAUGCCAAUAUAACCCAAGUUUAUUGAGCUACCCUCGUAUUUCACUAGGGGAUACAUCUGUGUAUUCAUCCGCAAUUGCUGCCCAGGGAUACAUGCCAUUUGGUGCGGAUCCUUCCGCCUUUUACUCACCAUUGAAUGGUUACGAUUUAAAGGAUGGAUCUGCAAGUGCUACAGCGGAUGCCUGGAGGUCGCUGUCCCAACCCAUGGCCGGCUACCCUUAUGACCCAACGGGCAUGGCUGGCUACCCAUAUGGAAAUAGUUAUGGUGGCAUGGACUUGAACGCAGGGGCAAGACGCAAGAAUGCCACAAGGGAAACAACCAGUACUCUCAAAGCUUGGCUCUAUGAACACAGAAAAAAUCCAUACCCAACAAAAGGAGAAAAAAUCAUGUUAGCGAUAAUAACAAAAAUGACUCUGACACAAGUGAGCACUUGGUUCGCAAACGCUAGGAGACGCUUGAAAAAGGAAAACAAAAUGACGUGGUCGCCUAGAAACAGAUGUGGUGACGGAAGAGACAAGGAUAGUGAUGAUGACGAUGAUGAUAUGGACGAUGCUAAGGAUGACAAUAACAACGCAGGUUCCGAUGACGAAGACACAAAACUGAAUGACGAAAUCAAAUUGGGCGGUGACGUGGAUAAAGAUGUUAGAAAAGACUCUCGCCUGCCAGAUUUAUCAACAUCAACGGCAUCAACAACUGUUACAAACUUACAAAAUAAUACAAAUGGUGACUCUGCGCCCAAGCCAAGAAUUUGGUCUUUGGCGGACGUUGCAACUUCUACCACUCCCUCAUCUGGUAGGCGUUCGCCUAGUUUAAGUACAAGCACAAUACCUCCAAAAGCCGAACAUUUUAAUUCCCCAAUGAACUCUUUACGGCAAUGGGUCGACGGGGCAUACACGACGAGUCAAAGUAGUCAAUCAUCACACCCUAGUUUCAGUCACCCUUAUCUAUUCAGUUCAAACCCCUCUGCAAUGGGACUCCCAUCAACUUCUCUGGCGUCAUCAAAUGGUAACCAUGGAAACAGUGUGGACACCCCACCCAGCACCCCUCCCACCGGAAGCAGAACUGGACUGAUGGGACUAGGGUCGCUAGGCUACGGCAACCCGCUACCAAACGGCUUAGGCGACUCCCGUUUGGGCAUAGAUCAACUGAAGCCUGAUAUUAAUAAAGCUCUGAUGGAAAACCAAGCCAAAACAGCCUUUAAACCAGUCCAACCCGUCUCAAGAAGUCCGUACCUACAAGAUACAACGAUAAAAGUAUAGAAUUUGAGGCAAGAAAACAAAGGGUGACUUGGGCCAAACUUCAGGAAGAUCGUCGGAGCGUCCUGUAAACCAUCAAGCCAAAUUGAGACUUUAUGAUGCACUGAUUCAAAUAUCAGUCAUCGUGAUAUGAAAGUCGAGAAGCAAACUUACACUAAAACAUUGAAAUAAUCAUAAAUAGGUCGACUAAUGAUGCUGGAAAGACAUUAGCCGGAACAUUCUGAAGUUGCAAUUUGAGAAAUAUCUUGUUUAGGUAUUUGUGAACGUUACCAUAAAUUGCAUGGUUGUUCUUCAGUGCAUCUGCAAACUGUCAUAAUUUUAAAUUGAAAUAAUAAUAUUCAACGAUUUAACAAGUGGUUAGAUCUUUAAGUUACAUCUUACAUAAAAAAUAUAUGUAUAUGCAGUAAAUGAAUAAACCGUACACAGGGUGUGUAAAUUGCACGUCAUUCCCAAAAUUAUAUGAUGCAUAGCAAACACAAUACAUGUAUAAUAAUUAAUAACAAACGUAACAUACGUUUCAAGAUGUAACGCACUUACGUGUCCAAACUAGAUUAUGUGGAAAAUGGGGCUAUAGAUAGAUGCUUCAAUAGAGUUAUGUGCCAUAGAUAUCACUGUGUGUCAGGUCCAAGCGUUUACAAUAAUAAUACUGUAUAUUAAAAAUGAUGAACUGUCCAACAAUAGCCUUACAACGACAAGCCUAGUUUAUGAUAAUCGAUACUUCAUAUUAAAUUAAUUUUAAUUCAAUGUAUAACUUGGAAUUAGCACGAUAGAUGUGUCAAAAUGAAUAUCCAUCAAAGGCUGAUUUGCAAACUGGUUCUGAUUUUAAGUUAUUAGCAUACUGUUAUAAUGAUUUAAUCUAGAAAUUUUACACAUUCACUGGCUUUCACGCAGGCAUACUGUCUUUAUUAUUGACUGAUUAAAUGUAUGUCUUUCUGAUAAUAUCAACUCUAGAAUAUUACAAUGUAAUGUUUAUUGUAUUAUGUUGAAAUUGUAUUUUUACGAUUCGAAACUGUGAAUAGGUUGUACGCUAGCUAUUAUAUUAUAUACAUAAUAAGUUAUAAAGUGAUUGUACCACGUGUUGUCCUGAACCUCUCAUUUCUUCAUUGUAAAUAUCUAGCUUGUUUCUUACAAGAGACACUUUCAUGUAUUUCAUCUAAUAUCACAAUAAAAUAAAUCUUUAUUAUACAAAUGAAAGAAAA